AGAUUUCAACACCUUAUACACAUUCACACUCGCUAAUAUUACGCAUUCUGAGCUGAUACGCUGCCCGGGCUUCAGUGCAGCACACGGGCUAUGGAACGGGACGCGUCUCCUCUCUUUCACUUCCACGAGCAGCAUGCGAGACGGGGACCGACAUGACAGCGAACAGCCGAGGGACCAAAGCCGCUCCUACCCCUGUGCAGCGGCGGCUGUCCGCGCUACCGAGGCCGGGAGCGGGUGUCCGGCUGCUCCGGUAUGCCGCGCUGGUGGCGGUGUGCGCGCUCUGCUACAGUAACUCUCUCUGGGGGGAGUUUGUUCAUGAUGAUAUUUGGGCUAUCAGCAACAAUCCAGAUGUCAGACCGGGCUCCAGCCUCCGGAGCAUCUUCACCAAUGACUUUUGGGGCAAACGGAUGGCUGAUAACACCAGCCACAAAUCCUACCGUCCGCUCUGCAUCCUCACUUUCAAGUUGAACAUUUUGUUGGGCGGCAUGACUCCAUUCUACUUCCACCUGGUGAAUGUGUUUCUGCACUGCGUGGUGACGGCGCUGCUCAUGCACACCUGCGAACAGUGUGUGUUUGAAGACAGCAACUUCUCUUUCCUCACCGCUCUGCUUUUCUCUGUACACCCCAUUCACACCGAAGCUGUGUCUGGGAUCGUUGGGAGAGCAGAUGUGUUAGCCAGCAUGUUGUUCCUCCUGGCCUUUCUCUCCUAUAUUAGGAGUGUGUCAGCGAGCAGAGCGGCGGACGAGUUUCCCCCUACAGUGUCAGUCUUGUCUCUGGCUCUCAGUCUGUUGUUGGGCACCUGUGCCAUGCUGGUGAAAGAGACGGGCAUCACGGUGUUUGGUGUGUGCGUCCUCUAUGAUUUCCUGGUGCUGUGCCGCAAGCCGCUCAUCUUGCACCUGUCGCGCUCCGGGUUGAAGGAGCUUGUCAGAAUUUCCUGCCCGUUUGUCAAACGUGCUUGCGUCAUCUCGUUACAUGUUACAGUCAUCAUGUCUGUCCGCUUAUGGUUGAUGGGUGGAUCCAUGCCGCUGUUCUCAGAGCAAGACAAUCCAGCAUCCUUCUCUCCAUAUCUGCUCACUAGGUUUCUUACAUACUGCUAUCUGCUCUCCUUCAAUGCCUGGCUCUUACUGGCUCCCAUAGUGCUUUGCUACGACUGGCAGGUAGGAAGCAUUCCUCUAGUGGAGUCUCUGUGGGACGGACGGAAUAUUGCUUCCCUGACUUUGGCUCUCGUCAUGCUGGCUCUGAGCCUGAACUGUGUUACACGCCUACAGAAGAUGAAAGGGACGGAGGUGUUGGUGGGCGUGCUGUUCUUGGUCUUUCCCUUCAUCCCAGCCAGUAAUCUGUUCUUCCGCGUGGGAUUUGUGGUGGCGGAAAGAGUUCUCUACAUGCCCAGUAUGGGUUACUGUGUUCUGGUGGUGCAUGGGCUGAACAGACUGUAUUCAGUGGUCAGUCGGUGGGGAGCGGCCGCACUAACUGUGUCCAUGCUGGUUGUCCUCCUCCUCUUCUCCUGGAAGACCGUCCAACAGAAUGAGAUCUGGCUCUCCAGAGAAGCCCUGUUCAGGUCUGGCAUUCAGACUUUACCUCACAAUGCUAAAGUUCAUUACAACUAUGCCAACUUCCUGAAGGACAGAGGGCGAAACCAAGAAGCCAUUUUCCAUUAUAAAACAGCCCUCAGACUGUACCCUCGACAUGCCAGUGCUCUGAAUAAUCUGGGCACGCUGACUCAUCAGGCUGAGGAGGCUGAAGUUUAUUACAGGAGAGCGCUGGACAUUAACCCUCAGCACAACAGAGCUCUCUUCAACCUGGGGAAUCUUCUGAAGUCUCAGGGGAAGGAGGAAGAGGCGGAGAAGAUGUUGAAGGAAUCGAUUCGGUUCGGUCCCCAUUUCGCUGAUGCAUACUCCAGCCUCGCCUCUCUAUAUGCUGACCAGGGACAUUCAAAAGAAGCAAAUGAAAUUUACACCAAGGGUAUUGAGAACUGUCCCGAUAGUUCUGACCUCCAUAACAACUACGGCGUGUUUCUGGUGGACACGGGUCAUGGGGAUCGUGCAGCCUUUCAUUACCAGGAAGCGGUGCGUCUCAAGCCAGCUCACUAUGUUGCCAUGGUGAACCUGGGCCGUCUUCUUCGCUCGUCCAAUGACAAUAAAGAGGCGGAGCUAUGGUACAAAAGGGCCCUGCAAGUGGUUCGUAAAGUGGAUAUCCUGACCCCUCUUGGGGCUUUAUACUACAAUACAGGUAGAUACGAGGAGGCACUGGAGGUUUACAGAGAGGCAGCCACACUGCAGCCCGACAGCACUGAUAUCUGGCUCGCCCUGGCACAGGUUUUAGCCAUGGCAGGUCGUUCUACAGAGGCAGAGAAAAUGACCCUGGGCAUCAUUUCAAAGACCAGCAACUGCAUUGAAUGUUACCGCUUGUUGUCUGCCAUCUAUAGCAAACAAGGCAACCACACUGAGGCGUUGGAUGCAUUGAAGACAGCACUGCAGCAGGAGCCGUCAGACCCUGCAGUGAGGGCAGAGCUGCACUUCUCCAUGGGCAACCAGCUCAGAGAGAUGAACGAGCUUGAUCGAGCCUUCCAGAGCUACAAGCUUGCUGUCGAGCUCAAACCUGACCAAUCACAGGCCUGGAUGAAUAUGGGCGGCAUUCAGCAUAUCAAGGGAGACUAUGCAGCAGCGCGAAUGUACUACCAAAGAGCUCUUCUCCUCUCACCCAGCUCCAAACUGCUGAAGGAAAAUCUGGCCAAGCUGGACAGACUAGAGAAAAAACUACAAGGGGCCUAGAGAGGAACAGUGAGACCUGAACUAUCAGCCAAAUGACAGAGGACGAGCAACCAAGAGACAGAAGGGUGAAGAGAGGGAGCGAACUAAGACAUGCAAACCACAGUCUGGAGAUGAUUAAUGACAGCUUCCUUCCCCUCCAGAGUUUACAGAGGGGCUCUAGGAUUGAAAUAAUCCAAAACUCUGACAUUUUUUUAGCCUCUGCAUCCAGGGCUGGAGCACGCAGAUACCACUGACCUCAGCGCAUCAGUGCAGAAUCUCACAACAACACAUUUCAGAAGCUCUCAUCAUUGUUUCUCGUCUCCAAAACCACUUUACGACUGCUUUAAAGUGCUCAGACGGGCACAGAUUGAGCGUUUGUUCUUGUUUUAAUCCGGCGUGUAAGCAGAGGUGCCGUCUCUGAGACUGAGAGGGGCUUUUUCUCGCAUGUGGAGCCGUUCCACUCGACCGCAGCGGCUCCGUUCAGCUUCACUGAUUGCAAAGCCUCGGAAAGCAUUUCAGACAAAUGCUGCAAGUUAUCAAAUAUGACUGUGUUCCAUGAACACGGCAGAUCUGCUUGUGUUUUGCUUCCAUGUUUUUUAUUUUACAUUUGAGUGAUUUAAAUGAAGGAAAAUAAAUGACAGGGUGCUUUAAUUUGCUCUUUUAUCUUGUACAUGCAUCAAUAUUGUGGAAUGUAUCUCGGACUAAAGGCGUUUGACCUGUGCAGUGAAUUACAUAUCAUAUUUUUCUCCUCAUAAGCUAUAAUACUGAAGUCUCUUUGAAUUGCAAUUAUGAAUAUCAUACAUAUCCUUGAACUGGGUCCCUGUGACAGUAAAUGGAUUUUAGUCAUAUUUUCGCUGGCCAGAGAUUGUCAUGCGAUACUCUUGAUUACACCGUAAUCUUUGCACUUACAUUUUGUUGCCAUAGGAACUGUUAUCAAGAACAUUUCUUGAAUUCAGCCGCAGCCGUGCUAAACAUGUCAUAGCAGAAACCAAUGUGAAGUAAUGUAUGAUUAUUUAAUAAAUAUUAUCCGAUACUUA